UAUGACAAAUUUCGUUGUGUGAAACCCCAGGGAUUUCUGUAACAGAGCCUUGGUGUGCGCAUGCGAGAAAUGCAGGGGGUCCAGAUUAAUUAUCGUCACAUGACCUGAAACUUCACGAGGCGAGGUAUAUAUGAAUGAGUUUCUUCAAACGAUUCUCCUCCCGCCCGGCCGUUGGAAUGUGGAAUGAGGGGCAUCGGAAAUCCUUACACUUUCAGAGGAUCAUCUCCAGCAUGGCCUUCUCCGUCCAGGAUAUUUUAAUCAUCCACUUACCUCUGGAACACAGGCAUCCUUGCAUUGCAGAAAGAGCUGCUGCUGUACAGCUCUUCUGUUCCUCGUGGAUGGAUGAUGGCUGUCAAAUAUGCUUAGACCCUCUUACUGACUCGAGGCUGAAGUGUCAGAUUAUAAUAAAGCCUUAUUUCGACCUCAGGAUGAAUGCAUGCCUCUUGGUCACUUACUUACCAGCAGAUGACCAGCUAAGUGCAGGGGGUUGUGCUUGUUGAUGUGGAAAGACUGGGCUUGAGCUAGACUCUCUGCCAAACACUAAACAGUUAUUUUUGGUGAGUAAUUUAGACUGCUCCUGUGGCGUCCGGGAGGGCAUUUUAGUUGCUAUCAGGAUUCACUCUGGCUUGCCAGGCCCCAGGGAGGAUCAGCCCAGGGGCAGGAGGGCAGGAGGGCAGUAAGGUCUGGUGCUGGUCCUUCUUCCAGGCCUGGGCCGGAGCCCCUCCCUGCGGGUGCUGCAGCUGUCCGGCAACAAAAUAUCCGCCAUCCGCCAGCAGGACCUCCGGAACUGCACGGAGCUGAGAGCCGUGUUCCUGCAGCACAACGAGGUCUCUGCCAUCGACCCCUCGGCCUUCAGGGACCUGGGGCAGUUACAGGUCUUGGAUCUCAGCUAUAAUGCACUGACCACCAUCCCAGCGUCCGCCUGUGUUUCGCUGACCCUCCCCGGUUUGAGAGUGGACUUGAGGAACAACAGCUGGCUCUGUGACUGUGGGCUCCUGGCAGUGAAGAGGUGCUUGGCCUCUAUCAGGGGUGCAUCGCAGCAGUCCUGGCCCCUUGUGUGCGAGGAGCCAGCGGGCCUGGCUGGGAGAGACCUGCUGACCCUGGGAGAGUCCGAGCUCUCCUGCAAGAGGCCCGGCGGCGAGCCCGGACCUCCUCGAGCAGUGACCACGCGCACUGGGCGGCACACGGUCCUUCCUUGUGGGAUCUCAGAUCAAGACGCCGGGCUGAAGUACUGGCUGACGCCACACGGACAGGUCUGGGAAACUCACACAGGCCGGCUCCAGCUCCGUGAGGAUGGGGGUUUGGCGAUCAGGGGCGUGCAGGAAGGAGAUGCAGGACCUUACGUGUGCGCGGCCGGAGGAAAGCUGGGUAGUGUCUUCAUUCUGGAUGUGCACGCACAAAGUCACGGGCCUGUCAGACCUGCUAGGACGGCCAGAGAUACACGGGCUUCCCCAAGGAAGCAAAUCGGACACUCGGACUUCGUUCUGGCAGUUUGCCUGUCUGUCUUCAUCACGUUCAUAUGCGCUUUCUUCAUCGGAGUGGCGGCCAGACCUCUCCUGGACCUCUUCUGGCACAGGAUUCACCGACGGAAAAGAUCUUCGGCCGAGCACACGUACAAGAAUGAGGGCUUUUCAGAGGGCGGUGCGGAUGCAGAGAGAACAGAAAACGCAUCGGUUGGCGAGAUGCGUAAUCCCACGUGGAGCAGAGCCGCCAACGAUAACUACGUUACCAUCCUCCAAGCUCCACCCAGCGCUGAAAGCAGGCAGGACUGCGUGUCAGAAAAUGGCAGCUCCACCAGCAGUCAGAGUUCAGUGGUCAGAGAUCAAACUCUGACAGGGGCCGAAUCAAAGAACAGGGAAGUCGACCAAAAUAUUUUUGUAUCUGUCCCUCCGUGGUACCCUCACUGCUUGAGUGACACACACCAGCACUUCAGGGGAGAAGACAACCAGGGCCUCACCCUCCCACCAUGCCAUGAAGGGCAGGAUGUGUCAGGUCACCUGACGUCCAGGCCAGAAGAGGAGACUGCUCCCUCCACAGACCAUUUAAAGGGGGACCUUGAGGCAAAGAAUGCAAUUUUGGGUCCAGGGUUUAAUCAACAACCCUCCAAUCUUAAUGAAGUGAAAGAUCUUCAGCAACCAGAAGGUUAUUCCCACAGCAUGGAGGAGGACGGCAACGUCGGGCACCAGGAGCCCAGCCGUCUGCUGCCAUCGUCAGCUGUCAGCGAGACAGGAAGUGCUUGGGUGAAGAACACUGGUGAUAUAGAGGAGGACCUUGCAGUGAGAGAGAAAGACGUAAAUAGCACUGUUUGGGAACCCUUUCCCUUCAGAGAUCAUAGCGCCUCCUUUGAGGGGCAACUCGAUCGCUCACAAGUCCUUGUCCAUGACUCUCAGGCACCUGCAGCUACCAGGAGGGAAGGGGCAGAGUGGACAUCUCAACAGGCACCAGCUGAAGAGAGAGACGCUGUGAAUUUCUACUACUCCUCAGGCCUAGUGGCGGAACAGAAAACAUCAGCUUCAAGCAGUGCUGGAAGUGCUCAGAGCGAACCUGGCGAUCUGCAGAAAGCCGAGCUUCUCAGUGGGGGCACACCCACAGGAAGAAGUGACAGCUGCUGUCUUGAUCCCUGGACAGCACCAUCCAGGGAUGCUGAGCAGUUUGGGAGAUCUGAUCAAAUGUCAAACAUCUUAGAUACCCAUAAAGAAACAGACCAUAAAACCCUCAAAGGGUUUCCUGAAUUGACGGAAGGAAUACUGAGACAACUGAGCCCAGAAUUUGAUUCUGAAUUCUGGAAUGAUAGUGGAGAGAGCUUCGAGUUCAGCGACUCCAAUGUCGAGGACAACAUGAACGCCACAUUGUUUUCGGAUUUCAACCUAGCCCAGCAAUUAAAGAUGGAAAGGUGGUCUCCUUUUGGUGGACCAACCCCAAACGAACCAAGAGAAGAUGAAAGUAAUUCAGAAGUGCAAAACGGCAGCUUCAACAGCAGUCCCGAUCUCUCACGUCACUGUCCUGAGAGGACCAAGUUUUCAGAAAAACAGCCUGCUGCAAACCUGCAGGUCAUCGACAACAGAGAGUGGGGCAAUCGGAUCACGAGUAAUACAUGUGAAAAUGCUGAUUAUGAUGGCAACCUGAAUUCUUCUCCAACAUUUAACCUUGACUCAGAAAGCACACUACACCUGGAAAAAUGUUGCACAGGUGCUUUCUCCACCCAACACACCACUGUACCCCACGGUGGAGACUUCUUGUGUCCCGACUCCCCGUCUUUUAAGGACAUGGAGGAAGACGCAGAAAACGCCAAAACUGAAGAGGCACGGGAGUCUGACCAACAUGGGCAUCUUGCUCUAGACAGGACAAAGAGCAGCAUGGAGGAACACGAAGCUGCAGGCUGGACGGUCUUCAAUUGCAAUCCAACCUUGCAGAGCUUCUCGGGUGAGACAGGAGAAAUGACAGAGUGGCCACCUGCUCCCACAGAGGCAGGGGCUGAUGACUUCCACGCGGCCUCUCCUCCAGGUGGGACACCGCAGAAUGCAAGUCCCCAGAGCACCCGGUCUCCUCCAAGUGAGAUGUGGUCAGACCUAAUUUUACCAGAUGAGAUGUUUGCUACUAGACCAAGACACCUAGAAAGUGAAGUUGCAGAAACGGACAGCAGUCUUUCUCAGGAUUCAUCUGGAAGCUCAGCUACACUAGUAAACAGUGAAGGCAUUCCAACCACAGAAGAGGACUUCUCAGAGUCUCCGAGACUGGCGACUGGCCCAGGCGAGGAUGAGCAGGUCGACACACAGCUCCUUCGUCAUCAGGAGCCAGUGGAAGCUUGGCUUUCUGCGCCGGCAGGGGAGAGGAGAGAGACGGUUCAGUCGUUCUCGCACUGCAAACAGAAACUGGACUGGACCAAAGGAGGAUAUUUUGUCCAAAAGAGAAAAAUAAUGGACACCUUCUCCGCCGGCUUCUACUCCUCUGUGUCCAAAACCACAGAAGCAAGUCGGAAGGGAUGCGAGGAGGAAAACACACCGUCUGCAGCCCACGCCUCACGUAUUAGAUCUGAAUCCUCAGGUGCUCCAAUGUCGGGGAGCACCGUGACCUUUUCAGCAGGACAACUGCAGGGGGAGCCUGCGUACAUCUCACCCAGGGAAAUUACAGAAACAGAAAAACCCCUGGGGGCCAGUUCACCCAAGGCCUGUGAGCGGGGCUGGGGAGGAUCUCGGGGUCCUGAGGGGCCUCUCCUCGCCCUCCCCACCUCAAGCCCAGAGGAGCAGCCCGGGAGCCCGGCAGCUCCCCUCUUCCUCUCGGAGGCCAGGAGCAACGAGGGGAGCGAAGCUUGAAACAUUUUCACAUCCAAGCUCAUACCUCACUCAGAGGUGAAUUCAGUGAAACACAUUUCCUAGAACUUUCCAUUUGAUCAGCCUGCCCGCAACAGGACUGGGCCGCAGCAGCAGCAUCUAAAGGCAGCUGGACUCAACUACACUGCGCCAGCCCAGCUGCAGGACUGAAGGAUCAUUCACACCAACAAGCUCUCAAGACACAUGGGAAAUCUCAAAAGAGCUUUAGUCCGGUAGAAAAACAUGAAUUUUAAGAAUGCAAAAGGAUUUACAAUUAUUGGCUAAAGUACUGAUCAUUGGGCUGCCCUUUAAGGGUUUAGUCUUUUAAAAGCAUUAUCUGGUCACAGAUCUAGAAUCACCUCAAAGCUAAAAUUCUGUCAAAUGUAUUAUUCUGUAUAGUUAGGAUCUUAUAAAGUAAUCCAUUCUUAAGCCCCUUAAAUAAUUUUUUAGUUUUUGACUAUUUCAAACAAAAGUGAGCUGAUUGAUGUUUGUAACUGUCCUACCACGAGUCUGAUAGUAAGAGAUGGCUGCUGAGGCAGCCCAUGUUAACUGUGCAGCAAGACUUGUCUGUGUUCGAUACUCAUUUAUCCAUUCUCCGUGUACUGUACUUCCACUUUUUUUAAAUUACAUAAUACUACAUGC